UGUUGUUGUUGUUGUUGUUGUUGUUGUUGUGAUCUCCCCCUGCAGGAGUUACUACAUCAUGUGCAUGAUGGCCAUCACGUUCCUCAACCUCAUUGGGAUUCCCAUGGAGAUCGCCUUCCUGGACGGGCACAGCGGGCUGGCGUGGGAGGGGUUCAACGUGUUCUCCGACACGCUGUUCCUCAUCGACGUCGCCCUGAACUUCCGCAUGGGCAUCAUCGCCGAGGACAGCGAGGAAGCCAUUCUGGAUAUCAAGCGGAUCCGAGUCAGCUACCUGAGGACGUGGUUCAUCCCCGACGUCAUCGCCGCGUUCCCCAUCGGAUACAUUCUGCUGUUCGCGGACUUACAUUACAGCAACGACGACAACCCGUCCAAGACCAACAAGAUGAUGAGGAUACUGAUGUUCGUGAGGAUCCUCAGCUUGAUCCGGCUGGCUCGGGUCUCCCGGCUGGUCCGGUUCUUCAACGAAGUGGAGAAGGUGUCCAACGCCAACCUGGAGGUGGUGCGCCUGUUCUUCCGCAUCCUGUCCCUGUUCAUGAUGAUCUUCCUGCUGUGCCACUGGAACGGCUGCAUCCAGUACUUUGUGCCCAUGCUGGAGGAGUUCCCCACGGACUGCUGGGUCCGCAAGGAGAACCUCAUGAAUGCAACGGUGAGCGUGAAGUACUCCUGGGGGGUUUUCCGAGCGCUCUCCCAGAUGAUCGCCCUCUCGUACGGCUCCAUGGACGCGCCGACCAACUACGUGGAGAUGUGGAUCGUCAUGGUCAGCAUGGUGUCCGGCUGCCUGAUGUACACCGUCCUCGUGGCCAACGCCACCACCAUGAUCGCCAACACCGACCCGGCCGCCAAGGAGUACAAGAGCAAGAUGAGCCGGCUGGAGCACUACAUGGGCUUCAUGAAGCUCCCUCCGGAGCUGCAGCUCCGCAUCAGUAACUACUACCAGGCGCGCUACGGGGGCAAGUGGUUCCAGGAGAAGGACGUCAUGGACACGGUGUCCUCGGCGCUCAAAGAGCAAAUCCUGAUGGUGAUGUGCAGCCGGCUGCUCAGGAAGGUGCCCAUGUUUCAGACCCGGGACGAGAACUUCAUCAACGCCGUCCUCUUCAAGCUGGAGUACGAGGUCUUCCUGGAGGGGGACGCCAUCGUCCGGCAGAACGUCCCGGGCGACCGCAUGUUCUUCAUCGACCACGGCCAGGUCGUCAUGGAGGCCGAGUCCUACGAGAGGGAGCUGUGUGACGGGGACUUCUUCGGGGAGACGUGCGUGCUGACCAAAAGCAAACAUCUGGCCACGGUGAAGGCGCUGACCGACUGCCAGUGCUUCUCUCUGUCCUGGGACGACUUCCAGGAGGCGCUGGAGGGCUUCCCGGACGUGAAGAAGGACUUGGAGACGAUGGCGCAGCUCGACGCCGACGGAGAACUCCUGUGACUCGGAUGUUAUCCUGGAUAUUUAAUGUGUGACGGGCAGCGAGACAGAAGUCCUCACGUGGACACGAGAUUGGACGCUUUUUAUUAUCCAGUCGGUUCUGAAUGAGAUAAACAAAGACGUCAACAGAACCUUGGACCUCGGCCUCCUUGUCGAGGCGGCGAUGUGAAGCCUCCAGGUUUUGGAUUUGGAAGA